AUGGCCUAUUCCUUGACCAACGGCUUUUUCUUGGUUGACAUUGUUCUAGGUCAAGAGGAGUUACGUCAGGUCAGUGUUGAUUUUCGACAAGACUAUCUCUUGCGAAGCCCUCCUAAGCCACCCCCGAAGCCUAGGAUUCCCCAAGAAGCCCCUCAUAUUGAAGGCUCAUUGCCCCCCCCCAUCCCCAAAAAGAACACCGAUACCCACACUUCAGCCUCAUCAUCCCCAAAGCCUCUUUUAAGUGCCACUAAGCCUUCGCCAAGCCUAAGCAAUCCUCAUCAACCCCUUUUUUUCUCCGGAGAUUCAUCACGACCCACUAAGCCUCCCCUAAAAAGCCUUAUUAUGCGUCGCCAAGUCCUAGUAGGCCCUUCCCCCAACCCUACCAGCCUCCCAAGAUCCCCAAGGCCUCCCCUUACCCCCACCCCCCUCAAGCCCACCAAGCCUCCCCCCCCAUUGCCCCACCGUACCCCUCAAGAUCUUCAAGGCCCUCCCCCUCAAGCCCCCAAGCCCCUCAAGCCCCCAAGCCCCUCAAGUCCCCCAAGCCCCCGCACCGAGCCUCCCCCACGGGAAUGA